UGAACUUGCAAGAGCGGAGUGGUAGCGAGGAUGGCGGCGGCCCCGGAGCUCGACUUCGUGGUGCGCAAGGCGCACGGCCUCGCGGGCCGCGACCCGUGGGCGGCCAAGGCGUGGCUACUCACGGCGAGAACCAUCUACCCCGGGGACUUCGCCAUUCAGUUUGAAAUGUAUCUUCUGGAGAAGAAUGCUCAGCGAGCGACGGACGCGGCGCGGCUGCUGUGCGAGAUGUUUGUGCAGUUCCCAGAAAAGCCUCCGCUGUGGAGAGAAAUCAACUGCAUCACCUCCGCUCUGCGUGCAGAAAAUCCCGACGCUCAGACACAGUUCUUGCGCUGUGUGUUCGAGUGCCUGCCCGCCCCCGUGCAGUGCGACGUGCUGUACAAGUCGGCGGAGCAGCAGUACGGCGCGCUGCAGCAGGCCGAAGCGGUGAUGCUGCUGCUGCGACGCUUCCCCGACGCCGUCGUGCAGCACGGGGUGAAACUCGCCGAGACGCUGCUGGACUCCGAGAAGCAGGAAGGGCAAAACUCGCCCACCGGCUGUUUCCGAAAGCUCUUCGUGUGCGAGCUGUUGCCCGUGAUCUUGGGCAACCCGGACGUGUGCCUCCCUCGCCCGCUGCUCUACAAGUACCUGCUCAAGGCAGCAGAGUUCUACAUCACCACCACGACGCGCACCAACCUGGGCGACUCUCCGCACCCCGUGGUCCCGGACUGCGGCGUGGUGGAGACUUGGUCCCGUCUCACUCAGCUGCUUCACACCAUCGGCUCUCGCUGCGACUGGCAGACCGACCGCCCAAACCGGCCGUGUGGGGAGGUGCUGCAGCGCGUGCGGGAGGCGUCGCGCUACGUCACCGGCGGGGAGGACGAGGCGCAGAGGAACCUGCGGCAGCAGGUGGUGAUGACCGCCGCCAUCCUCUUCUUCCGCCACGCUCACGGCUACCUGAGCAGCGUCACGCCCACGCUUUUCUCGGGCGUGAGCGGGGUGGGCGGGCUGGUGCUGCUGGAGGAGCUCUCUCAACUGUUUGUGAGCGGCGAGGCCGACCGCGCCAAGCACGGCGGCGGCAGCGGCAGCAGCAAGCGGCGCAAGCUGGAGGAGGGCGGCCAGAGCGCGGAGGAGGAGUACUACCGCAGCCGGCACGUGGCGGUGCCGAGCGGGCUGCUGCCCGGCGCGGCGGGCCCGGCGAGCGCCGCCGACGUGCUGGAGAGCUUUCGCAUCGCACGCGAGGCCUGGGACGUGCUGCACGCUCACCCGGCACUCGAGAAGGAGUUCCUGUGGGUGCGCAUGCAGUGGAGAACUGAGACAUGGCCCUGGCUCCUUGCGUUCCUGUCGGACAUGCUCAUAUACCAGGGGCAGUACCGUCACGCCAUCGCCACUCUGCAGCAGCAGCAGGCCGGAGGUCAAGCCGGUGUCAAAGGUCAAGUGUGGGCAGAUGCCAAGCGCGUGCUGCUCCAGAUGGCGGCGUGCCACCUGGCUCUGGGUGAACACCUGGCGGCGUGCGAGAGGGUGCUGGAGGUGGCGCCGAUCGUGGCGCCGAACGCCACGGACGUGCCCAGGCUUGCCGACGAGCCGCCGCGCGUCAAACCCAAGUUCGCCAAAGGUUCAGACCUGCAACUCGUCCCGUGCACUGACCGCGCCAUCAUCUCGCACGGCGUGCAGAUCGUCCUCUCCUGCUUCAAGCCGCACGCGUUCAGCGAGGUGUCGCGCGACGACCUGGCGCUGGGUCACGUGAUCGUGAUGCUGCAGCACGAUUGGCCGAAGGGCGAGGCGCUGUUCCUGCGCGCCGUGGAGCGGAUCUGCCUGCAGGGCGGCCUGCAGUACGAGAACUUCUUCAACUACGUCACCAACGUGGACAUGCUGGAGGAGUUUGCGUUCCUCCGCACGCCGGAGGGCGGUCGCGUGCAGCUGGAGCUGCUGCCCAACCAGGCCGUCCUCACCAAGCAGCAGACGGUGACUCGCGGCGUGACCAAGGGGGUGAAGGAGGACUUCCGGCUGGCCAUGGAGCGCCAGGUGUCGCGCUGCGCCGAGCCUCUCUUCACCGUCCUCCACCGCUUCCUGCUCAGCGAGCGCAACCUCCUCCUGCAGGGGCUCGGCUGACCCCCCCCACUCUCCAAUGUCGCCCCCCCCCUCCCCAACGUCGCCCC